AUGAACGAAGCCUUUAAAGAAAACAGUAAAGAUAUCGAAUUUGACGAGAGGGGCGAAACUUCUAACGAAGACAAAUUAGGAGACAUAGAAGGCGAAAUUGAAGACGCUUCAAACGAAGAAAGUAAAAUUGACAUAGCCCAGGGCAUAGAAAAGACUUCUUUUGAAGACAGUGAAGUUAUGGCAAACGAGAUGGACGGAAAGUUUGACGAAGAUGGCAGAUACAUCAUAAAUGAUAGAAGGGACGAAAGUUUUAACGAAGACAACGAUGGUAGGGCAGAGUAUAAGAUGGACGAACGUUCUGAAGAAGAUUCGAUACCUGAAGAAUAUAUCGAAUAUAUCACAAUUAAUGAUGGCAUGGAAGAAACUAUUAACGAACAUAAACAUGGCGCCAUAGACGAAGAUCUCGAAGAUGGGUACGCGCAAGGUAAUGUAGUUUUUUAACCUCAUGAAAGAGAAUAUGAAAAUAGUUUUAGCUACACCUCGUUGCUUCUACAAAACUAAAAGUUUCACAAGAACUGAAAAAUUUAGAUCGAAGCGGUUUUGAGACUGACAUGUAACUAAAUUGCAAUUCAACAAUUUCUAAAGGGGUCACAAAACUCGUUUCUAAGUUAUAAGUAACAUAAGAUAAAUAAGUUAAAUUAAGGGUGCUUUGACAGACUAUACAGUGGCUAUGGUAAAUGUUACACAACAAAAGUUAUUGGACGUAUUUUGGUGUCAUCCGACCAUAAUUAUCCUUUUUAUAUCAGUAAUAUCAUGCACUCGUCCUGACAAUUUUACACAUUGUUUUAACUUUGAUUAGAAUUUACCGUGGAGGAAGAAGAAAAUUUCCCUUAUACGUUUGAAAAUCAAAAAGACACAGUGCGCCAUUGUGGUUUUGGGAUCUACUACAACUCUUCUCACCAAGGGUGUUGUGGUAACAAGCAUCGAUACAACUUACGAACUCAGCAAUGUUGCAAUGGAACCGUGGUUAGCCUUUUCUACCUAAAGUGCUGCAAUGACGGGAGCGUUGCCUCGAGGAAUUCUUCAUGUAGCCUGCCAACCAGGUGCGGGAUUGUAAGAUACAACAUCUCAUAUCAAGGGUGCUGUACUGGGACAUCUCGCAAUUACGUGUAUGACCUAAGCACCCAAAAGUGUUGUUAUGGUCGUGUCUACCCUAAUAGUAUUCCAUGUCUACCAAUAUGUGGUUACGGGUUCUAUAACGCAUCGCAUCAGGGGUGUUGUGAUCGCAGAUAUGUGUAUUACCUGAGUAACGAGAAGUGCUGUUAUGGUCUUGUAAUUCCCAAAAACGAGUCCUGUGUGCAUUCCUAUAACUGUGGUAAUAUCAGGAACUACGAUCCAACGAUCUACGGAUGUUGCGGUGGCGACUACUUGUACUUUUUGAAGUAUAGGAAAUGCUGUUAUGGUCAUGUCAUUUCCAAAAACGACUCUUGUCUACCCUCCCGCGGAUGUGGUUACUCAAGUUACAACCCCGCGACCCAUGGUUGCUGCCAAGGAAAAUUGCCGUACUCUUUGAAAUAUCAGAAGUGCUGUUAUAGCCGUGUUAUUUCCAAGAACGCUCCUUGUAUCCCAAGGUGCGGUCACAAGAACUACAAUGCAUCUUUCCAAGGGUGUUGCGCUGGCAAAUACAUCUACUACCUGAAUACUCAUAAGUGCUGUUAUGGUCUUGUGAUUGCUCAAAACGAUUCCUGUGUGCCUUUCCCUAAAUGUGGCUACUUGAGCUACAACCCAGCGACGCAUGGAUGCUGCAAUGGAAGAUAUCGGUUCUCCUUAAAGUAUUAUCAGUGCUGCUAUGGUCGUCUCAUUCCAAACAAUGCCUAUUGUGUACCGUACCGCAAAUGCGGCUUCGUAAGCUACAACCCAACCAUCUACAGAUGUUGCCGAGGCCAAUACCUGUACUUUCUGAGGUACAGCAGGUGUUGUUAUGGUCAUGUUAUUCCCAGAAGCCACUCUUGUGUACCUUUCCGCAAAUGCGGUGAUUCAAGUUACAACCCCAAAACCCAUGGGUGUUGCAAAGAUCGUUCCGUGUACUCUUUGAAAUAUCAACAGUGUUGUUAUGGUCGUGUAAUCCCAAAAUUCUACGCAUGCACGAGUUACAUGUGUGGACUGUACCCCUACAACUCACGAACAGAAGGUUGCUGUAGUGGCAGGCAGAGGUACAAAAAAAGGAUCAAGAGGUGCUGUGAUGGUCGCGUGAUCUCCAAGAAAUCCACAUGCCUACCCAAAUGUGGUAAAGUCAACUAUGAUCCACGAAAACAAGGUUGCUGUAAUGGCAAGUACAAGUACAGCAAAACGUUCCAGAAGUGCUGUAAUGGUCGUGUGAUCUUCAGGAUAUCCACAUGCUUACCCAAAUGUGGCAAAGUCACCUACGAUCCACGAAAACAAGGUUGCUGUAAUGGCAAGUACAAGUACAGCAAAAGGUUCCAGAAGUGCUGUAAUGGUCGUGUGAUCUUCAGGAUAUCCACAUGCUUAACCAAAUGUGGUAAAGUCACCUACGAUCCACGAAAACAAGGUUGCUGUAAUGGCAAGUAUAAGUACAGCAAAAGGUUUAAGAAGUGUUGCUACGGUCGUGUAAUUUCCAAGAAAUCCACUUGCCUAUUAUACCCAAAUGUGGCAAAGUCUCCUACAAUCCGCGAAUACAAGGUAGCUGUAAUGGCAAGCAAAGAUACAACAAAAGGUUCAUAA